AUGCAAGUACGAUAUAAUGGAGACUUCGAUAUAAAAACUUUCUACAAAUGCUCCAUUUAUAAUGUUCCAGUUAUUUAUAGGGUUAAGGAAAACCAGCAGACGCGCGAAGCGUCGGGCCCACCCCGCGGCGCCGCAGGCCGUGCACCGCCACCCCCGGACCCUCCCCCGCAGCGUCCCCAGUGCCAGCCCCCGCGCGGGUGCCCGCGUCCCGGCCCGGAGGAGAGGCGGGACGACGGCGCGUCCUCUCCCCGCAAGAUUACCUCGCAGCGCGUAGCCGGCUUUGUGUCUCCCCUCCCUCCUUCUCCGCAGCCGCCCGGGCUGCAGCAGCCGCCAGAUCCGCCGCUGCGGCCGCCUCUUAAGCGCCGCAGAGCCCCAGAGGGUGUGGAUUCUGCAAUGCUGCACAGAAACCUACUGCAGCCUCAGACCAACAGCAGCAGCAGCAGCGGCGGCGGCAGCAGCAGCAGCAGCAUUAGCAGCAGCAGCUUCUCUCAAUGCUGAGUAACUGUCAUUGUGAAGGGGUCCUUCAGAAGGAUUCAUCAUGUGAAGAAAAAUGGCUACCUAAGUGCAGGGAUUUCAAGGGCAGCAACAGCCUUCUCUGACCAUAUCUCCAAAGUAUCCCUAUUUACAGGACAUUUGGGUUGCUUCUACCUUUUGGCGGUUGUGAAUAAUGCUGCUACGAACAUGGCUGUACAAAUAUAUCUUCAAGAUCCUGCUUUCAAUUCUUUUGGAUAAAUACCCAAAAACGGGAUUGCUGAAUCAUAUGUUGAAUACAGAUAAUCAUGAGGCCCAAGACCCUAAGGAACAGUGCAGCCAGGAGUCGGAAGGAGCCUGGGUUUCUGAAUCAUCACAUGGAGGGGAGCUGUUUUCAGCUGGGAGAGCUGUCUUCAGUUGGAUACUGGGAGGAAGAAAGGGAGCUGGUUAGGAAGCAAACUUGAGUUUCCCAUGCUCUGUGGCUGAGCAAGUCACUUCACCAUUCUCAGGAUGGAAGUGGGGAUGGAGGUGGCAUCGGCCUCAUUUGAACCACAUGGACUAAGAGGGGCUAUGGGAGUAUUCCCCAAAGGAAGACUGAGGGGCGUUACUAGAAAAUGGGAGAAUGGAAGCAGAGUGGGCAAAACCAACAGAUGUUCCCUAUAGUAAAUAAAAAAUUUGGACAAUUAUUAGUGAGCAAGUACUUAUAACACAUAUGGCACAUGGGAUUGUGACUCACCAGUGUGUGAGCACAAUAUGGUCAAAAACCUCGAUCCAAUUCAACCUACUCAUCUUAACGAUUUUAUCAGCAUUUAAUAAGUUUGUUUUGGCCAUAAUGUGUUAUAGUUUUGUUUGUGGUUUUGACACCUCAUUAGAGGUUUCAUCAGUGUAAGGAGCCAACCUAAGAGCUCUUCUCACAAGUUUCCCAAGAGAGAAAUUGCCCCUCCAAAUGUGAGGAGUCUCACUUUAUAUAGAUAGCAUCCACACUUCUUGCAGUGGAAAACAAACCUUAUAAAAUGUAAUACGUUUGGUUUCCUAACUUUUUCAUGACCCUGGGGUGGUAGAAGGAAGUGCAAGUUUUAUCACUUAGAUUUAGAGACAAGGAAAUUGAAAUGGAGAGAGAAUUGGGCUCACAUGCAGGCAGCAUGUCUAGCUGCCUCCAUAGUGUGAUCUGAGGCACCCCAUGAGGCCUAUGAUUACUGUAAACCUCUAAAAUAAAUAAAAAAUCUCUGCCACUGAAGUGCUUCUUAAUGA